AGUAUAGUUAGUAUAGUAAUUUUCUGGUGACAACUUAUCUCUUUUAAUUCACCUCAAUCUUUUUCUACUUUUUUAUAGUUGUUACUAAUUCUCUUCUGGAAAUUUCAGUGCUAAUUUGUAAAAUUUUUGUCAUUUGCUGGUUUACGUCGUACCAUAAUUUGAUGGAUUUUUUCAAUCUUUAAAUGUUUUUUGUUAAACAGAUAUCAUUAUGUUCACAUGUGAGCCCAGAUAAAAGUUUUAAAAAAUGUCUCAUCCCAAUAAUUUGGAAAAAUAUUUGGGGACGAAUGGGGCCUGUAGGAACGGUAGUCCACAACAUUCCUCUGAAAAUUUUCAAGGUCCUAGUACUUCCUUAGAAUUUCGGACUGAGAAUUGCACAACAUUGCAGCCGACAGCACAGGAGUUUUAUCCAUCGUCAUAUAAUAAGUCAAAAACCCAAGCAAAUCGUUGGAAUGGAAGGAAUCAAAAAUAUGGCAGUGGGCGGAUACCAAGUUCAAAUGACUAUUACAUAGAAAACUCUAAAAUAAAUAAUUAUCCUUCGGAAAAUGUAACAAACCUGGCACAAAAUGUAUUACAGCCUACAACCUCUGGCUUUGCUGAAACGAGUGGAACAAAAAAAUUUAAGAAAUACAAGGCAGAAAGUCAUUUCAAAUCCAAGUAUUAUAAUAAAAAUUACACCAGAAGCAGAUCUGAUACUGCAUCAGGUUUCAACUCAAAGAGAGAUUUUGAAAGUGAUACAAAUAAUUAUAAUGGCUAUAAGGGAUAUGGUCAAAGUGGAUAUAAAUACAAAAAUUCCAGUGGUCAUUUUGAAGAACAAAACAAUCUUUUUCAAGAAAAUACAGGUAGUCUGUCAAGUUCCAGCAGCAAUGUGCUAUAUUAUAAUCAUAAACCAAAAAGCAAAGGUCCUGGAUCCUGGAAAAAUAAGGAGAGAACCGGCAGUGGUAAAAUGUAUAUUACUUUAGCUGAGAAAACAGAAAGAAAAUUUAAUACGGCUGGCCAAAGGGAGAGAUUAAUUGAAAUGGUAAAUCGUCGUACUUUGGAAUGUUUAGUUUGUUGUGAAAAAAUUAAGCAUGCUGAUAAAGUUUGGUCAUGUUUGCAAUGUUUCAACAUAAUCCACCUCAACUGUAUUUCUGCUUGGGCAAAAUCAUCACAGAUUCAAGAUUCCUGGAGGUGUCCGGCAUGUCAAAACAUCUUUUCUGAAGCUCCCAGUAUCUAUAAAUGUUACUGUGGUAAAAUGUCAGACCCGAAAUGUGAUCCUAAUAUAAUUGCUCAUGGUUGUGGUGAAAUUUGUUUAAGAAAAGGUCGUAAUUGCGACCAUAAAUGUACCCUUUUAUGUCACCCUGGACCAUGUCCUGACUGUACAGUAAUGGUAUCAAAGCCCUGUGGAUGUGGGGUUACUCAACAAGUGGUCAAGUGCAGUGGGGAUUUAGAUAUUAUUUGCGAUGCAAUCUGCAAUAAAGUUUUGGACUGCGGGAUACAUUGCUGUAUAAAGAAGUGUCAUUCAGGAUCAUGUUCCCCAUGCCCGCAGUAUAUAAUUCAAGAGUGCUAUUGUGGAAAAACUGGAAGAAAGGUAUCAUGUACAGCUGAAGUUAGUGGUCAAACCAAUUUUUCCUGUGAAAAUGCUUGUGAAAAAGAUUUACCUUGUGGCAACCACAAGUGUCAAAAUCAAUGUCAUCCUGGAGAUUGCGGAUCAUGUGAUAAAGACGUGACUAAGAUAAAAACUUGUUUUUGUGGCAAAAUGCCCUUGACAGAAAAAAGAAUGACCUGUUUAGACCCCAUCCCUUUUUGUAAUAAAGUAUGUGGAAAAACACUUCCCUGUGGUCAGCCUAGUUCUCCCCAUGUUUGCAAAGAACUGUGCCAUGAAGGGAAAUGUCCUCCUUGUUUAUUAACAACAGUGGUUAGAUGUCGCUGCGGUCACAUGGAUAAGGAAGUAGCAUGUCAGAAAUUGACAACAAAAGCAGAUGAUGCUCGCUGCGAAAGGAAAUGUAACAAGAAACGUCUGUGUGGAAAACACAAAUGUAACCAAAGAUGUUGUAUCGAACUUGAGCACAUUUGUCCUCUGCCUUGUAACCAUCUACUGUCGUGCGGACUGCACAGAUGCGAUCGAACAUGUCAUUCUGGCAGAUGUCCACCAUGUUUGGAAACCAGUUUUGAGGAAUUGUACUGCGAGUGUGGCGCUAGCGUUGUGUACCCUCCGGUUCCAUGUGGUACCAAACCACCCGUUUGCUCUAAACCUUGUUCGAGGCCUCGGGCGUGCGGACAUCCUCCGAAUCACGAGUGCCACACGGGACCCUGCCCGCCAUGUUUUGUGUUAAGCACGCGCUGGUGUUUUGGUAAACACGAAAAACGUGCUGCCAUACCGUGUCACCAGGAAAAUUUCAGCUGUGGCUUGCCGUGCGGGAAGCCUAUGUCGUGUGGCUUUCAUAAAUGCAUCAAACCAUGUCAUAAUGGCGAUUGCCCAUUGCCCUGCAGCCAGCCGUGUUCAGUGCCGAGGCUGCAAUGUGGUCAUCCUUGUAACAGGCCUUGUCAUAAUCCACCUUGUCCAGAUAGCAACUGCAAGCAGCUGGUUUCACUAACGUGUCAGUGCGGUUUACAGAAGGGCAGCAAGCCAUGCCUCGAUUUGAGUGAGGAGUUUAGGAACAUUGAAAUGGCCCAAAUUAAGGAAAGAAUAAGCCGCCUUUCUGUGGGUCAAACAGUUGAUAUGUCGGAUAUUGUCAAUAAACCAAAGGUGCAAUCCGUUUUGAAAAUUCUUGACUGUAAUGAAGAAUGCAGAAUCCUGGAAAGAAAUAGAAGACUCGCGAUCGGGUUGCAAAUUCGUAAUCCCGAUUUAACGCAAAAGCUAACCCCUAGAUAUUCAGAUUUCAUGAAGCAGUGGGCGAAAAAAGACCAACAUUUUUGCCAGAAAGUGCACGACAAGUUAACGGAACUUGUACAAUUGGCGAAGCAAAGCAAACAGAAAAGUCGGUCCUAUUCGUUUGAAUCCAUGAACCGGGACAAAAGGCAUUUCAUUCACGAGUACUGCGAACAUUUUGGGAUCGAAAGUGCCGCUUAUGAUAAGGAACCGAAUCGGAACGUGGUUGCAACGGCAAUCAAAGACAAAUCUUGGUUACCUAGUUUGAGUUUGCUUGAAGCAAUUCAAAGGGAGAAUGGUCACCGCAGAGUGCCAGGACCUAUGCUCGGCAGUGGCUUGUCUAGUAAAUCUGAGACUGUCUCCUUGAAGGUAGUAACUAGGAAGAAACCACCUGUUACAGAAAAUGUUGAUUAUUUUUAUCAGUAAUCUGUGUAACUUCAAAUGAAAUUGUUAAGGAUUAAACUGUACUAAGGCUAUGUUGGGAAUAAAUAUUUUUUCUAAAAUAUGCUGUACAUUGAAAACCUAGCCUAAAUAA